UUCAUUUGACAUCGAAUUCAGUCCAGUCAAAAGGAAAAUGUUAUCGGGUUUGUGAUUAAGUUCCCAUUACUGCAAUAAUAUGAAAGUUUUUGGUAAAGAUAACAUGUGUACUCAUGAAGAUUGUUGAGCGACAUUAUUAAUGGCCGAUUUACCGAAUGGCUGGGUUCAGCUGGUACCUUUCUGAAGGCUUCCAAGUUAUUAUUGAGAAGUCAAAGGAUGCAAAAUGCUCUCUAAAAGAUAUCCAAUUGCGUUUCUUGUGCCCUGACGACCUAGAGGAGGUGAGAUCUCUGUGCAGAGAUUGGUUUCCCAUAGAAUAUCCACAGUCCUGGUAUGAGGACAUUACAUCGUCAGAAAGAUUCUUUGCCCUAGCAGCAGUGCACAAAAGUGAAAUUAUAGGCCUUAUUGUGGCAGAAAUAAAGCCUUAUCUAAAACUGAAUGCGGAAGAUCGGGGAAUACUAUCAAGAUGGUUUGCAUCAAAGGACACACUUGUUGCUUACAUACUGUCUCUAGGAGUAGCUCGUUCGUUUCGGCGCUCGGGUGUAGCGACCAUGCUCCUCGAUGUUCUGAUCAACCACCUGGCGGGGCCCGUGCCGCAGCCGCCUCAUGAGCACCGCGUCAAGGCAAUAUUCCUACACGUGCUCACAACCAACACAGAGGCUAUACUUUUUUAUGAACACAGAAGAUUCCGUCUGCACUCGUUUCUGCCGUACUACUACUCGAUCAAGGGGCGGUGUAAGGACGGGUUCACGUACGUGUACUAUGUGAACGGCGGGCACGCGCCGUGGGGGCUGUACGACUACGUGAAGUACGUGGCGCGCGCGGCGUGGCGCGGCGGCGGCCUGUACCCGUGGCUGUGGAGCAAGCUCCGCACCGCGCUCACCAUAGCCUGGCACAGAAAUUCCCACAAAACGUAGAAGUGCAGUGUGUGCGCAGUGGUUGAACGAGAGAAUUUAUGAAAUAUCACUAAGUUAUGGAUAAUUUAUAGAGAGCACUGUUUGUUGUUUUAUACGCUGACGUGAAGCCAAAUUUGAUACAAGUAUUUUUGCACAAGUAAUGACACUGUAUGUGCCGGUGACACAUUUUUAUAUGAUACGUAUCUAGGAUAGAGGGAACACCGUACACGAACAAAUUCAAGCGAACAAGUCCCCGAGGGACCGUCAAUUUGGCUUCAUAUAUUAAACUGACAAAGUUAUUUGUGAUAUUUUUAUUACUCAAAGCUUUAAAUUUAAUAAUUCAUUGUAUUUUCAUAUUGUGCGAACAAAUAAUUGACACAUUUACACGUAAUAUUAAUUUGGUUCAAAUAGUUGCGUUUGUUUGAGUGUCGCGGAGGGCAUCGAAUGCUACAGAAAUAUAACAAAGUGUCACGUGCCAUGAUAUACUGCCAAGAUUACUAAAGUAAGGUGCCUGUGUGUUCAAUGUAAGUAAUGUACGGAUAAACAAUAAUAUUGUAACAAUAACCUUUAUUUACAUGCAAUACCUGUAUCGGCUAUGAGAGCAAUGCUAACGGAGAGAUCGCUACGACGUCGGGGCAGGUAUCAGCGCUAUUCAGAUCACCACCUUAGUAGGUUUUGUACAAAUUAGACUCAUAUUACUUUGACUUAAGGUUCUUUUUAAAUUUAUUAUUUCAAGUUCUUUCUUAAUAACAGACUACGACAUAUAUCUUACCAAUGACCACUAUCAUAAUAAUAAUUAAUUAUCAGAGUGGAGUUUUAAACUAUACUAAUUAAUGAUGCCCUUUCCAUACAUUACACAAAAAAAUAACAAAUACAUUUUAAAGUACUUCUUUUUUAAAUUUGACGAAAGGGCUCUAAAGGCCUUUGUACAGACUAGGUUUAGUUAGAAAUCGUAACAUUUUCACACUUAUUUUUUUAAAUGAUUUACUUAUGAAAUGUUCGUCCGUUCGUAAUAAAAAAAAUAACGUACAAUAGCUACUACGGAGAGCCACAAAGAAAAAUAUAUAUCUUUAAGUUGUAUUUAUGUCAUGACUUCUGAGAAUCGAAGUUCUCUUUAACGCCCAAUCAUAUACAAUAUAAUUAUAUACGUAUGUAUAUAAAGUAUAUAAAGACACUCUGUACAUAACGGAGUCAUGGUUUAUUGAUUUCGAUAUUGAUAGACCUUUGACAUUAACUCAGUCACAUGACGCAAAUAAUUCUUAACCAAGAUUAUACUGGCUUUAAUGUUAAUCAGACCGAAUUUUUAUAUUAUUCUACUAAUAUUAUAAAUGCGGAAGACAUUGCCAAUAGUCAAAGUCAAAAGCAUUUAUUCCAAUUAAACCAUUAUCAGGUACUUUUGAAACGUCAACAAAUAAAUAGUCUGUCAGUCUGUCCGUCAGUGAAACAUAACCACUAAUCACCAUUUAAUUACGUAUUACAUUUUGUAAUACUGUUUCUAUUUUUUUAACAAAAAAAAAACAUUAAUCCUUUUUUAAGAAGAGUUAAAAAGGAUGCGAUAUGGAUUUUCGUAAAGUACAUAUUUUGCAGUUUAUUUUUUAUAGUUUUGUUGUAGAAGACGAAGUACAAUAGCAGGUUUCUCAUUAAUUUAUAAAGAAUAUAUUUUUAUUUUAUUACACAACAGUUUUAAUCGAUCUGAAUUGGAAGUGCUGAUAUCUGUGUUACCCGAAGUUUACGUCCAUUGUAACUGAUUGUAUAAAUGUACUGUAAUACUACACAACACCUUAGAGUUUUCUUUAGAUACUGUAAAUUAAAUGUUCUAGAUGUUUAUGUAAAUAGUUUUAACGAAAUAAUUAUAUAUAGGCAUGUAUGUACAGAUUAAAUAAGACGAAUUUAAUAUAUUAUCAAAAAGGCUGUCGUAUUAUUUCACGUGCCUACUUGUCUGAAGUUUUGUGAAGUAUUAAAGUAAGAUCGAGACAUUGCGUAGUUUCUUUGAAUGAAUAUUUAGCUUGACCAGUCUCUCCGAUACAUGGCAUUGGAUACAAUAAUUGUGAGCGCUAGAGAGCCUUUUCUCUCUAGAGCUUUUAAGUAAAUUUACACUACCUAGCCGAUAAUGGUUUUUAUUAAAGUUUCUGUCAACUCUGUCGUGUAUAUUUUGGGCACAGAACAAUGGAUUUCUGCAUUCAGUCACACCAGUGUACGUAGUUUAAUGAAUGUACUCACAUGAACCAAAGUAUUUUAAUGUCUUAGUUUUGUUAUCACUCACUCACUCGAUGUUUUAUUAUUUUUAUUAAUUAAGUAUUAAUCAAAUUAAUGUUUAUCGUCUAUGUGACAAUUUGAGUAUUAUUAUUUGGACCACUUUAUAAAUUAUUUCUAUAUUUAUUUAAAUUCGAAAAGCAGUCAUGAUAGUUGAUUACGUGUCUAACGUUGUAAUUUGUGAUAUUAUCAUCGUUUAUAUUGUUUCGAAGUAUUUUCUAAAGUUUUGCAAAAUUGUAAUAAUAAGGUCGACAUUUGUGUGUUAACUGUCCUUUUCUAUAAUAUAGCACGUUCCUAAUGUUAAAAUGGAAAAUUUUACGUUAUAAUUCUAUGUUUAAUACUCUAAAAUAGGAUAUAUUUUAGCUUCCAAAUAAAUAUCAUUGUUGACUAAUAA